AUGUCUGUGCAACCUCUGAACGAUCUCUGGGAAGCUGCUGCUGGUCAGCCUUACGAACCCACCAUUGGCAAGAACUCCCAGUUCACCGUCGGCAUCACUCUGCUGUUUGCUGCGCUUAUUCUGUCUGGUUACUUCGGCCUGAACCCCUCGCUCAAGAACCUUCCCCUCAUUGGCCUUCCUGCUUCUCUUGCUGCCGGCUUCGGUGCCGUCUACAUGAUCUGCGCCGUCGGCGUCUACGUCUGA